AUGAUUUCUGAUACAACAUCGCAAAAAGGUGUGAAAAGACAAUUAGCUAAUCUUGAUAGAUUGAUUGAAGAAAGUCAAUUAUUUGAUAAAAUUAAUUUAACAGAAGAACAUAUUAAUUUAAUUAGUGGAAUUAUUGAUAAUGUUCAACUUGAAAAUUCAUUACUUAAUCAAACAUCUUAUUAUAAUGUUGUUUUAACACUUUAG